AUGGCUGUAGCCGCUGAAGGCAAGAAGCCUGGCAUGGCCAAGCGCAUCUUCUUGAUGCUGGCGCCAGACUCAGCAAAGGACGAAGACGGUCGUGAUAACUUCAACUCGCGAUCUCAAUUCGUACUCUGCGCUAUGGGCGGUGCCGUCGGUCUGGGUAACCUUCUUCGUUUCCCCUCAGUCGUCUUCAACAACUACGGUCUUCAAUUCUUUAUCCCCUACGUCUUUGCGCUGUUCCUCGUCGGUAUUCCCAUCCUCAUCCUCGAAAUCACCCUUGGUCAAGCUUAUCGCGGUGGCUGUGUCAUUGCAUGGAACAACGUCAACCACCGAGCAAAGGGUAUCGGUUUCUCCAUGGUAUUUAACGGCUUCAGUGUCGUCGGAUACUAUGUGCCUAUUCUGGCUUUCGCCAUGACUUAUUUCCGCAUGUCGUUCCAGAGCCCACUGCCUUGGGCCGCUGGUGAAGAAACGGAUACAGUCAAGUUCUUUUAUGAACAAGUGGUCCGUAAUGUCGAUGCUGAGGGAGGCGAAGAUGGUAGUAUGAAGCACUACCCCGGUCGUGGUAUCGUCGGAGAGACUUUUGGCUGGUGCAUGAUGAUUUGGUUUAUCGUGUGGAUGUGCACAUUCAAGGGAGUCGGCCUGACUGGUCGAGUCAUCUAUGUCACCAUGGCCCUGCCUCUCGUCCUCAUCGGCAUCCUAGCUAUCCGAUCUCUUUCUCUCCCCAACGCAUCCGACGGUUUCAGACUCUACGUCGGCGAGUGGCGAAGCGAGUCUCUCCAGGGUCCUGGUGUAUGGCAAGACGCCUUUGGCCAGAUGUUCUUCUCCAUCGGUGUCGGUUUCGGAUACUUUACAUCCUAUGCUUCUUACAACAACAAGUACGCCAACGCCGUUCAGGAUGCAUUCAUCAUUGCACUGAGCAACUCUGCUAUUGAAAUCGUCUCUGCUUUGGCUGUCAUGGGCGUUGUCGGUUUCUUGGCCAUUAACCCAGGCGAAGUCGAUCCCCUAUCAACAUUCAGCUCAGGCUUCUUCUACUAUCCACAGGCUCUGGCUGAGAUGCCCGGUUCCAACUUCUUCUCUGCCCUUUUCUUCCUCACUUUGGUACUUCUUGGACUCACCUGUGUGUUUGCCCUGGCCGAGGUUCUCGUCACUCUUCUCUGUGACACAGAUAUGGGUCAGCGAAUUCCUCGCUGGGUCAUCUCUACCUCCGUCGUCAUCCUCGGUGCCCUUACUGCCCUCCUCUACAGCAGUGAAUUUGGGUUCGCCACUCUUGAUGCUAUCGAUAUGUGGGUCAACGACAUUGCUCUCUUUGUCACUGUCUGGUCAGAGACCUAUAUGGCCUGUACUCUGUACCGCUGGAGAGAUCCCGUUGACCAGAUUGGUCUCGUCAGUUACUUUGUCUACAAUGCUGGCUACGUUUUCUCUCUCUUCAUUGGUAUUCUUCUUGGCCACCUUGUCACUCCCGCUGCAGGUGCGGGUGCUGGCUUCGGUAUCUUCAUCGCUUGUUCUCUCAUCUCUGCCUUUGUUGGAAAGGCUCCUACUGUUCCUGCUCCUCGAUUCUGGGGCAAUAAUACUAUUCUUAGUCGCUUCUGGUAUGCGGCUUUCUACUCAGGUCAACAACUUCGCCACGACCUCAAUAAUGUCAUCUCCAAUGGUGGCAAGAACUGGAAGAUCCACUGGGUCUGGCCCAUCUGCCUCAAAUACGUCACUGGUCCUGCCGUCGCUCUCGUCUUUUCCUUUGCGUAUCCCAAGUUCCUCAACAAGCACCGUAACGACCCUCCCUAUGUCUACAGCUUUGUUCUCAUGCACAUGGUUGUCAUCUUCAUCGUCGGUGCUUUUGUGGUACCUCGCUUCUUCAACAUCCUCAUCCCCGCACACCGUCUUGAACGUGGUGAUGGCAAGUACGAUGUCGCACCUCAGAUGACUAUUGACAACGCCCCCAUUGUCAACAACGGUGGUAUUGAGGGUGGUCACACUGAUAUGGUUCAGCGCAGCAAUGGCGAGAGUAGCCUUGAUGGGGACAAGACUACCUUUAGGAACGAUACUACCAGGGCUAGCCCAGAUGUUGCUCACCCUACACAGUGA